CCCGCCUUCGACCCCAAUAAAAGCGGAACCCCAGACCCGAGAUCUCCAGCUUUCUGUCUGCCCCUGACCUGCUGUGGGGUCCCAGGUGCGCCGUGUACCUUCCACGUCCUAACCCUCAGCAUGAAGACCCUCCUGCUGCUGGCAGUGAUCAUGGCCAUCGGCCUGCUGCAGGUCCAUGGAGGUUUGCUGAAUUUCCGGAAAAUGAUCAAGUUCACGACAGGAAAGGAAUCUGUAACCAGUUAUAGCGGCUAUGGCUGCUACUGUGGAAUGCGUGGCAGAGGAACCCCCAAGGAUGCAACAGAUUGGUGUUGCAGGGCACAUGACUGUUGCUACAGAAGCCUGCAGAGUCGCGGGUGUCGCACCAAGUUCCUGAAAUACAACGUUACUUACCAAGAGGACCAAAUCAUCUGUGAGGAUUCGGAUGAUUGCAAGAGUCAAGUGUGUCAAUGUGAUAAGAUAGCUGCCAAUUGCUUCGCAACAAACCUGAAGACCUACAAUAAGAAGCUCCGCUUCUACAACAAGUUUCAGUGCCGAGGGGCUGCCCCCACGUGCUGAGGGCCCCUCGUCCUGGGAGCCUUACCACCAGAUGCUCUUUCCUUCCCUAGCACCCGACUCCCUACCCUAGCCAUGUUCCCUGGCACAGGAAGGAAGACCCCUCUCCCAUCCUAGAGUCCAGCCAGGAGUCCUCCUCUCCCCAGACAGAAAGCUUCCAUCCAGAAUGAGAAGCUCAAGGUCUGGGUGUAUAUACCGGCCCCUUUCCUCUGCUUCUUUGGACAGCAGGAUUUUCCCUCAUUUUCCACUCUUCUUCAAGUCCAAAGUCGUGUUUAACUGCAGCAGCUACACCCCUGGCUGGCUCUUCUGAAUAAAGCAAUUCACUUGGCAAACUA